GAAUCGGAUGCCUCCAGCCCCCGCUCCAACUGCUCCGAUGGCAUGAUGGAGUACAGCGGACCUCCUUGCAGCUCUCGCAGAAGAAACAGCUAUGACAGCAGCUACUACACAGAGUCACCAAAUGAUCCAAAGCAUGGGAAGAGUUCUGUUGUUUCCAGCCUCGACUGCCUCUCAAGCAUUGUAGAGAGAAUUUCCACAGAUAACUCCACUUGUCCUAUACUGCCACCGGUGGAAGCUGUUGCUGAAGGGAGUCCCUGUUCCCCCUCAGAAGGGGCGAGUCUGAAUGAUAGCGGCGCUCAAAUUCCUUCCCCCACCAACUGCACCCCACUUCCCCAGGAUAACAGCAGCAGCAACCCUAUCUACCAAGUGCUAUAAAGGCAGGUCCAGCUGGACUGCACCGAAAACAAAUGGCUCCUUUCAGCCAUGCUCCAAGACCUGCCUUCUAAGACUAAAAAGACUUCUCAAGACUUGUUCCACUUUCAAAAUAUCACUCAAAAUUCCUUCAAAUAUGUAACUUUUCAAACCUGUAUUACUUCAAAAUACACCUAGUUAUUUAUUGGUUGUUAAACUAAAGUUAUUUAAUAUGUCUAGAGAGAAAAUUGUAUACCAUGAAAUGGCCAAUGUUUAAUCUGGGCUUUGGGGAAUAGGAACCUGGCUCUUGAAUGCAGAGGGGAAUAGAAAUCUACAACAGUGGUGGCAUGACAGAUCCUUCCUAUUACUCCUGUUCUGGCCAAAAUAAGGUUGUGGACCAUUUUUUUAUAAAAUUUUUUGUAUAAUUGUAAAUAAGAGUUGCUUUGCAAAAAAAAAGAGGGGAAAAAAAGAGGAAA